AGGAAGGUGAAGUUGUCCUGUAGUUGGUGAUCGCCUGAAUGCCCUGCCACAUGCGCCGGGAGUGUCUUUGUGUCUUUCAGCUAAUUCAGCAUCACACCACAGUGGAACACACAUUCAGAGGUAAGAAUCUACUAAUCAGAUGCUGUGUUAUAGUUUUGUAAGUAUCUGUUUAUUUCUUUCUCAUCCGUCUUACUUCAGAUUAAAACCGCUUCCUUUUUCUCCAGAUGAAUAGCAAAAUGGAAGCCAAGUGCUUCAGAGACAUCAGAGACGUUGUCUUCGGGCUCAGUGAUGAGUACAUCUGUGUUUACGUGUCCUGAUUUAUGAUUAAUAUAUCCUGCUUUUUUUGAAUAAUCUCCUGAGAAGACUCUGUCCUUCACAUCCUUUCAGGGACUGGACAGCCAUGAACGAUGAUCUGUGCUACAAGCUGGAGCUGGCGAUCCUGUGCUCCUCGCUCGUGAAAGUCUUGUCGUCUCUGGUCAUCGAGUUCAUCCUGCCUUCGCUCAUCGACGCUGUAGGAAUGGAGGCGGUUCUCUGCGCCGAAACAAAACUACGCGGAAAUGGAGCCGAGAGUCGCAGCAGGACUCCGGGGUCAUCAGAAGACCCAUCUGAAUACGUACGCAGCUUCAUCCAAGGACUUGUUUCCCAAGUCAGAGAAGCGAUGAAACAGACACUUGUGAAGUUCAGCUCUGCUAAAACUUCAGAGAAAAUCUGCUCGAAGCCCGAGGUUGCUGAAGAAACCUUGAGCGAGUGUCCUCUGAUCGACGAUCUCAUGUCCUCGUCCACCAAAGCCAUAAUCACUGAGAUGAUUACGACUCUGCUGUCCGGAUGUUUAUUACAAAAUGACGGAAGGGAAGAAGCCUGAAAGCUUUUGGCAGGUAAUCAAGAUGAUCGUGAGGGCCAUGAUGCACAUCGAGAACACCCAGAAAUGUUCUUCCACGAGCGACGCUGUGGGAGAAAGCGCCGAUGAGAAGAGCACCGUGUCUGGUGGAGGUGAGGAGGACGUUUUUAGCGAGCAUGUCCAGACCAAGGCAAUGCACGUUAUAAGCUCAAUCCUCCAUGAAGCAAAAGAGGAAGUGGCUUCACUCGGGUCGAAACACUCUGAGUCUUUAGACGAGAUCACAAUCUUGGCAUCGUCGGUCCGUGUGCAUCCCUUAGCUUCCAGAAUCUCAAAGACUCUUCUGAGAAUUUGAAAAAACCACCACCAUCAUCGGAUCAGAUGACCGAACAGACGUUUUUACAGAAUAAGCUUCUUCCAGCUGCUUGUGAGACCUACAGCUGUGUGCAGAAGAAAGUGUGUAGAUUUAUUCUGAAGGUCCAGGCUUCGGUUUCCCUGAAAAAAGAACAUCACCAACUCACGUCAGAACACUCUGAGGAUUCUUCGUCAAGGCGCUCAUCAGAACGUGUCAGCGUGUCCUCAACGAAAGCUGUGAAGGCGAAUGUCAGCAGCACGUCUGCUCAGGGGGAGGAGGAGCAGCUCCAUCUCGACACGUGCACAGAAGAAAUUAUCGCUAAAAUUCUGGACUUGUACAGGACGCAAGGACAGAAGCAGACGUCCGAUCUCUUCCAGUCCACAUGCACUCACUUAGUAUGUGAUGUCCUGGUCAGAAACAUCCAAAUCCUUGCUAAGAGACAAAAACUCAGGAAAACUGAGAGGUCUGUCUGUUACAGAAAACUGUCACGCAACCUCAUUAGAUAUCUGGAAUCCGCAGCCUGGGAAAUUAUGCACUCUGUUUCAAGAGAAUUAGAGGAGUGUUUGAAGGCGGGGUCUAGAAACAAAACCCAGACAGGACUCUCAAGAGCGAGCAACAUGAGUGCUUUCGACCACGCCAACAUCUUCGCUCCUUUCCGUCUUUUUGGACACGUGAGGAACGAUGUGGAGAACAUUUUCUCCACGGUAAAGGAAGGCAGAUGGCCAAACAAAAGGGCCAAAAUGAUCACACAAGAUUCCGUGUUUGAUAGAUCUUCCUCGCAUCAUGGAUGCCUCUCUCGAGGUUUUGCUGGACGUCUGGCUGGGAACAAGAACUCUGCUGUGAACCAGCUGAAGAGUUUGUUGUCCAGUGACUCCAGCACUGGGUGUCAUGAGCCAAUCAUCGCGAAUGCGGUCUCGGCCAUUCUGAGGAACAUGACUGCAUCAAACAUCACAAGGACGUUCUCUCAAGAAGAACGUUCACGUGGCCGCGUGUUCGGAGCUCGUGCUAUUUCCCUGCUGGUCCACGGAUUUGUCCCGGAGCUCCUUACUCAUUUAGACUGUUACUUUUCCAGCACAGAGUUUACACAACUAGCAGCUCAGACUGAAUUCUGUAAAGGAGAAGUAACAGCAAAUGAUGAAAAAGCUUUCACCGCGGCUGUAAGAGAACUGACAAAGAGCCUUACAGAUUUCGUGGUGGAAUCGUCGGCCACACCCACCAGAAGGCCUCGGAACUCGAAGACUCUGGACGAGCUGAAUGCUCACAGCCAGGAGAGACAGCUUACUUCCCUAGAUGAAGAGGUCAGUCAUUCGAGCGCUCGAGGUUCUGCUGGGAAGAAAAAGAAGGAGAAGGAAAAGAAGAAGAGUGAAACAUCAGAGAUCGAGAGCUGCUCUUCUGCCCAACAGGAAGUGUACUUCUGGGAUGAUCUAAGUGGUGAGUUCCUGAGAGAAACAAUUUACAUUUAGAAAGCGAAUUAUUCCCAGUUCAUGGAAAUCAUGUAGCUGAGUCAUGUCAUUGUUUUGGAAUAGGCUUUUUAAUUUAUCAAAGAUCAAGACGAUGAUGAAGACGAUGAAGCAGUGUAAAUGUUUGUGUAAUUCACAU